AAGAAACAAACCCACUUCAGUUUAAUGCUUGCUUCCUUUGUAUAGAGAAAUUCAGACACAGAAACAAGAAGAAGAAGAAGAGAUGGGUUCAUCUUCAUCAUCAUCUUGGUGGUUUCUUUUUGUUAUUAAUAUUAUGGUGAAAGAGAUAUAGAAAAGGAUAUAUAAAUAUAGAUAUAAGAAUAUUGCAAGUCGUUAUUGCAUAUUUUUCUCACUCACUCACUCAACUCUCACUCACUCUUUCUUUCUUUCUCUUUUCUCUCUGCUAAAAACUCAGUCAUCUCUCCCUCUCAACCUCACCUUUUUUCAUCACAAAAGCCAAAGCGACAGAAGUAGAUUUCUGCAGCAAACACUGCAACAUACCAGUAAAUAUUAACAUCUCAUCUCAUAACAAAUCUCUCUUUUCAGUUUUCAGUUUUUCUUUAGAUCCCACCUUUCAUAUAAACCUACAUACUCUCAGAUACAUCCUUAGAUUUUACUUAUCCUCAUCAUCAUCUUCAUAAUCUUCUCACUCUAUAAAAAUUUAGUCUUUUUUAUGUUUAUAUAAACCAGUUGGUGUGAUAUCCUUCAAGAUUAUCAGUUGUGGCUACUACACGGAGACAAUUGACUUCUGAUUCUGGCGCCUUUGCUGACUGGGCAUCUUCUUCCUCCACAAUACGUGCUGCUCCGGACGACCUUUCUCUCGGCUUCAAUGCCGGUCCCACCGCACCCGUCCCCGGUGCGGCUCAUACACCCACUGCCCCUGGGUCCUGGCCCUCCUCCUCCUCUUCUCGCCCCAUCAACUAUGGCCUUUCUCACGAUAUGGGCAUGGUGGGUCUUCGGGACGUCUUUGUUGUAGCUCCUGCUUCGUCUUUCAAUCACCAUCACCAUCAUCACCACCAUGACUCCCUUAAUAUCGCCUCCGAUCCCAUCAAUAGUGCUAAUGCUACCGCUCUCGGUGUCGGCGUUGGUGUCGGCGUUAUCCCUCUCCUCACUGCAGGGCCAUGUUUAGCUUCUCCUCAAAGUAUGGAAGAUCAAGAUUUGUUGAAUAAUGGUCGUAAUAAAGUUAGUCAAAUUCAGUUUUGGCAGAAUCAGAACUCUCAUCCAUACCUGAAGAAAGGUUCUUCCACGAUUCUCGAUCACAACACAACUUCCUCUAUGAAUUUGCUUCAAGGAAGCGAGAGUCCCGCUGGCGGUACUGGCGCCGGCGGUAAUAGCAACAUGGGUAGUGGUGCUGGUUCGGCUUCGAGUUCAGGAACUACGUGUCAAGACUGUGGAAACCAAGCGAAGAAAGAUUGUACCCAUAGAAGAUGUAGGACAUGUUGCAAGAGUCGUGGUUAUGAUUGCGCUACCCACGUAAAGAGCACAUGGGUUCCGGCUGCACGGCGGAGGGAGCGGCAACUCAUGGUUACUGCCGGUACCAUGGGCGGUGCUGGCUCUUCUGGGUCGACGUCUGGUAUCAAGAAACCUAGGCUCAUAAACUCUCAGACUACAACAAACUCUCAUACUUCAACUUCUACUGCCACUCCACCAAGAAGCUUUGACACAAGUUCUAGUCAUCAAGAUGCGAGUUUUAAAGAGACAUUACCGGGGCAAGUACGUGCACCGGCAGUGUUCAAGUGUGUUAGAGUGACGGCGGUGGAGGAUGGUGAAGAUGAGUAUGCAUAUCAGGCUGUGGUAAAGAUUGGUGGUCAUGUUUUCAAAGGGUUUUUGUAUGAUCAAGGAGUUGAUAAUACAAGAGAAGGGUUUCCCAACAUAUCUGAAUUGCAUUUAGGAGGUGCUGGAAGUAGUGGUGGUGUUGGUGGAGGUGGCGGUGGUGGUGGGGGAAGAAAUGGGGGCUGUUCAUCUCCUCCAAUUCUUGAUCCAUCUGAAGUUUAUGCAGGCGGCGGCGGCUUACUCGGUGGUUCAGGCUAUGGUAAUCCAAUGAAUUGAAAUUCUAAGGUGGAUGGAUGGGAUUUGAAAGGAAAACUUUAUUUUUUCAAUCCCUCUUUCUGCCAACUAAUUAUUGAUAGGGUUUUGGUAAGUUAAUGUCCUUGUAGACUUCUACCUUAUUAACUUAUGUCUCUCUUUAAAUUUAUUUUUCGGCUACUUGGUUUUAAUUUUCUUGUCCCUCGUGUCUAUUUGCCUUUGGUGGCAUUGAACUGAGAUGAGAGGGAUCGGCAUUUGCCAAGGAAGCUCCAUUUUCCCACCAUUAGAAAAAUGUGUUUUGUACCAAAAUUACAAAAAUAUAGAGAAUAAAGGUGAAAAAAUCCUGUGCUAGUAGAUAUACCGAUCAGCUCUUGACAUUUUGUGAUGAUAAAUUCUGUUUGCUUUCUUG